UUUCUAAACAUAAAUAUAACUUUUGCUCCAAUUUGCAUGAUGCCGGUCAUUUGGUUAUUUUAUGCCAAAUGUGAAACAGCCGCCGAACUUGCUACAAGGGUGGGUAUAAAGCUUACUCAAUUCGUUAUACGUUUGAUUAAAAACAUUAUAUAUGUCGGGUUAACACUGGGAGUAGGAUUGUGGGCGCCAAAUGAAUCUUCGCGGGAAUUAGCCAUUGAUGCGUCCUUUGUUCCACGAUACUACAUGUAUAAUAUAGAAAAUCUGCUUGUUGACCAUGAUGAUUUCGUAGAUUUCGUAAGUAAACGACAACAGUUUGACGAUUAUGGUCAUAUGAAAUUGGAGAAAAGGGAACAAUUCGAAGAUUAUGGUUAUAUGCGAUUUGGCAAGAGGCACGGUUAA